UUCCACGCACUCCGCAUCCGGGUUUUUCCAAGUUGUAAACACCCUAGGAGAUAAAAAUAGCCGACGAAUUCGGCGUUAUUUGUUCAAUCAAGGACUUUGAUCAUAGUGUUCUAUUCUAGCAGCAGUCAUUUUAUAGUUUGAAAUCAAGGUGCAAAGUGCGAUAGUAAUCACAAGUGUAUUCCGCUUUAAUUGACUUGCAGCAAUGGGUGCUGAAGAGUCGAUACCACUACCGGCACCACCUCCUGGGUUUGAGUACAUGGUUGUUUAUCUCACUCACUAUGAUAGAAUAAGAGUCAACUUUGGCACUCAACAAGAGGUGGAAAUCAUCCGUCAAGCGAUCCAGGAUCAUUGGUUCCGGGGUCUACAAUCAGAGAAACUCAAAUGUGGGUACUCAGUGACCUUUAAGCUUAAUGGCAUGCCUUUUGCUGUUGGAGGUACAAGUGAGGGGGCGGCAGGCGUAAGGCAGAUGGUGGGCCAGAUACUUCUCCGUCUCAAUGCAGCAGGCUGGGACUUGAUUCUCACUAGUGACCUGGGACGAAUCUUUGAUCUAUCAACAUUUUAUUUUGUCAGGAGACAAGUUGAACCAAUACAGUACCCACUAUUGUGUAUUGCAUUUAGCUCCUAUGAUAAAUUACAAGUCAUCAAUGGCUCACCUGACAUGAUAAAUGUCAUCAGAGGGGUUAUCCAGUCAACAUGGAGACGUGGUAUCCAAGCUGAUGGGUCUAAGGGCAUAUAUCAUGAAUUCAAGCUAAGUGGGAACCCCUGGAUAGGGACUGGAGAUGAAUCAGUGAACGCCCGACUUUUGACUAAUAAUAUCCUUAUAGCCCUAGCUCAGCGCCAGAUGGUAUUGCACUGCAAUGCUAAUCUUAAAAGUACAGCAGACACUCUCUUCUUCAAGUAUGACCCCAAUGUAAUACCAGCACAAACUGCGAACCAUUUUGUGAUUAGUCUAAACAGGAAUGAUCGACUUAGGUUGAUCAAUGCCCCCCAGCCUAUCAUUGAGACAGUAAAGCAGAUCUUAUCACAGUACUGGAGCACAAGAGGGGGGAUUCAGAAAGAACGCCAGUACCAUGCAUCCUGGGAGUUCAAGCUCUCAGGAACUCCUUGGUGGGCAUGUGGUGACGAAGCAGUCAUGAGCCGCUUUGUUAUGUGUAAAAUUCUUGAAGGGCUUCAAUCACAAGGAUGGCAUGUCAGGGCAGCACUAGAUAUGUGUCGUCGUCAAAAUGAUAAGAGUGUCUUGGCUUUCUACCAGUCUCUUCCCAAGAUUGCGCCGGUAGUGUGCUUGAGCUUCAAUGACGAGUGCAAGAUACGAUUGAUCAAUGCACCACAAGAAUUUGUUGGACUCUGUAGAGACAUUAUCCAGGCAAGAUGGAUAAAGGGUAUUCGUGAUGAAAAAGCUCUCAACACUCCAUGUAUGGCAUACCAGUUCAAGUUGUUUGGCAAUCCUUGGAGUGGCUAUAGUAUUGUUGAUGGACUUCACAUACGCAGCAUGCUUUGUUUCAUUCUCCAAAUGCUUGCUUCUAGAGGAUGGAAGCUUCUUAUUUCUGCAGACAUAUCUGCCAAGUAUGUCCACCGUGACAAAGCUCCCGAUUACCCUUUAGAUGUGCACAGCUGGUGGUUCACAUAUGCAACUGAACCACAACAGCAACACAUAGCUGGAGGGUAUGGGUUCACCUCCUCUCAGUAUGGUUUUGCAUCACCAUCAGCUUCAGGCAUGGAGUUUGCUCGUCCCCCAAGUUACGAGCCAGCAACAGAAAGCAAUAAAUAGGUUACUGUCAAUCACUGGACAGUGCAAAUAAGUUAUGUAGAAUAUAUAUUUGGUUAAUCAUUAUUGAUUAGGUAAUCUUGAGCAAGAGUUCUCUGACCUCAGUCAUAAUCUCUUUGCUUGGAGGACAUCGUCUUGUUUUGAGGACAACGCUUUUGCUCUCCUUACCUCCACUCUUGCUACACCAUGGCACAUUCUUGACGCUUGUCUUGCCUGAACAAACCUAAAUCUGAUCCUGAUUUCAUGUAUACGACCCAGUACCUCGCUGCUCUCUUUUGAGAGAGGUUGAAGCCACGCUUGAUUCUCCUCUUCUUACCCCCGGUCGUUUAAAGUUCUUUUCUUUACAAGCAACUCGAGAGUGCUACUCGAUCGAUGAUUAGCUCAGCAUCUGGAACGCCGAAAAAUACAAAUUAGCCCUGGAGCUUCAAGUCUUAAAAUUGAAAGCUAGCAUGAUUCCAGCAAAAGUUUUUGCAGAGGGGACUGAUUCCCAAACUGCGACCACCUCAGCCAAACAGAGAAGGAAACAGAUCAUAGAUUGGCCGCAGGAGUCCUGCACAGUGCAGUUAAUCAGGAGUUUGAUAAGCUGGAGAUGUCCAACAACGUUGCAUUUUAUUUAGCAAUGUAUACUUACAUAAACUAGGAUGUACCUGCAUAAUCCAGGUCUUAGAGAUUAAAAAUGUCCAAUGUUAUUCACUUUUAUUAAAAAUAAAAUAGUUUAACAGGCAAA